AUGUCUCCUGCAACUUCCUGGAGUCUUGCUAAAAUUUCGAGACAAGAUCUCGUUUUGCAAAGCGUGGGUCAGGUUUGCUGGAUAGCUUCUAGCAUAAGAGAUCCAGUUGAUCCCUCCGAUUACCUAUACCUACAGCAGGUCACCCACUGCCGAUGUUCCCGGUGCUUUCCGGUCCCUUCCAAGAGAAGGCUGAAGAAGAGGCCCCGUGUCCUCACCCUGCUCUCCCUUCCAGAAGAUAUUCUCUUCCAUGUUCUCAAAGGUCUUCCUAUAGAAGACAUCCUUUCCCUCCGAGCUGUGCAUUCUCAUCUUAAGUAUCUUAUAGAUAAUCACACCUGCAUUUGGGCCUGUGCAAGCUUUCAAGAAGAAUGGCCUUCUCCCAGAAACUUGAAAAUCUUUGAAAGGGCUGCAGAAAAGGGUAACUUUGAAGCCGCUGUGAAACUUGGAAUAGCCUACCUCUACAAUGAAGGCCGUAAGUGUCUGCACCCCACUUUGGAGACAGUUGUCCUGGCCUGCCAGGUUUAUUUCAACAGCAACCAGAACAAGAACAACAACCAGCGUUCUGACAGCUCUUAUAUACUCGCAGCUGUCAGAGCGUUAUCCAAUAGGAACACUCCAAAUCUCCUGCCUGAACACAACGAUGAAGGGAAGAGGAAAGAAGCGCUGGAGAUGUUUGAGGAUUCCUCAAAGCAAGGGUGCUUGCACAGCUCUUACCUCCUGUGGGAAAAUAAUCAAAAGGCUGCUAUGUCAGAUCCUGGACGAUACCUCCAGAGCCUCAGACAGCUUAAGGACUAUGCAGCCAAAGGUUCUUGGGAAGCCCAGAUCACCCUUGCCAAAGCUUGCGGGAACGGGAACCAACUGGGACCGGAAAGCAAGACUUCCGUCGAGACGAUCUCCCAGUUUUUCCAGGCCUCUGUUCCUCUGAGCAAGCAAAGCAUUUUCACCGUCCAAAAGGGCAUGAAUGAGACAAUGAGAUACAUUUUGGUUGAUUGGCUGGUAGAAGUGGCCACCAUGAAAGAUUUCUCCAGCCUCUGCCUUCACAUGACCAUUGGCUGUGUGGAUCGGUACUUAAAAUUAAGAUCUGUGCCCCGGGCUCGGCUGCAGCUUUUAGGAAUUGCAUGCAUGGUUAUUUGUACCCGCUUCGUGAGCAAAGAGAUUCUGACGAUUCGCGAGGCGGUUUGGUUAACGGACAACACGUACAAGUACGAAGACCUCGUGAGGAUGAUGGGGGAGAUCAUCUCUGCCCUGGAAGGCAGGAUAAAGAUUCCUACUAUUGUGGACUAUAAGGAAGUGCUACUGAACAUCACCUCGCUGGAAAGAAGGACUGCAUCCCUGUACAGCUUUAUCUGUGAACUUUCCCUCCUCAACACGGGCCUUUGCGGCUACUCCCCGGCCCGUUUGUCUGCAGCGGCUUUGCUGUUAGCAAAAGUGUUGCACAGGCAAGCUCGUCCUUGGACUAGCCAGUUAACAGAAUAUACAGGAUUUUCCCUUGAAGAGCUGGUUCCCUGUGUGCUGAGCCUCCACAAGAAAUGCUUCCAUGAAGAUGCUCCCAAAGAUUAUAGGCAGGUAUCCCUGACUGCUGUGAAGCAACGGUUUGAGGAUAAGCGCUACGAAGAAAUUGGAAAAGAGGAGGACCUCGGGAAGCCUUGCUGUUGCCAAGAAUCCAGCGAUGACGAGAGCCUCCCCCAGGAAGGAUGUCAGUACGUCUUCAAGGAUUAUGACCAUCCCAACGAGGAGAGGGCGUUCAUCAUCAUCCAAGCCUCUCCCGGGGAAGCCAGCUCCGGCUACGCCUCGGUCAACAGUACCAGCCCUCCUUCCGCUACAGACGGCAACUUCAGUCCAUUUCUCAAAGCCAGUUCAGGGCAACCACUGAGGCUGGCGAAGGAUCAAAUCCUACCGCUGCCUUUGCACUCAGAAUCAUGUUUACCUCCCACCAAUGGCCGGUCGAGCCGGAGACAAGCCAAGCGGAAGAACGUAACGCCGUACGGUGAAGAAGAGAAGAACCGCUUGGGUUUCUUAAGCCUUUGA